CUGUGAAAAGACAAAAAAUGUUUGGCGCAAAGCAGAAAAAGACUUCUUUUGCUGAUGAUGAACAAAAUUUAACAAGCCCAUCUCAGUAGCUAUCCUUUCUAAGCUUUGCACUCUUAAUCGCUACAACAUGUCGAGUGGAAAAAUCGUUCAUGACAACUAUGCUUGCAUCCCAGGUGCUGUCGGGUAUUCUGAGAAUAGUAGUGAAAUAAAAGAGUUUCCUCUCAAGAAGAAGACAACAGAAAUUCAGGAAUCACAGGGGGACUUUGAUAAAGCUGAACCAUCCUCAUUCAAAAAGCUUUUGACGCAUUUCGCAGCCACUACAACUGCGCAUGGUGUUGGGAGGAUAGCGAACGCGAAGAGUUCAUUAGUGAGGCGUCUGGUGUGGAGUUUGGUUAGUGUUGGUCUGUACGCAACAUUGUUUUGGAUGUGUAUUGCCUUAGUUGUAUUAUACGUGAAAAAACCGAUUGUGUCCAGAACAGAGAUGAGCUUUGAGGAGUCCCUGGACUUCCCUGCAGUCACAAUCUGUAAUUUUAAUAUGCUAAGAAAAGAAAAGCUGGAAAUACUGCAAAAAACAAUCCUUCCCUGGGUGAUUGCAAGCCUGGCACAAAGAAGUGGGAGAAGGCCACCCAGUUCAGAACAGCGAGUUAAUAUUACGAGUAUAAACGCAACCGAAGAUGCCAUGCGACAGCAAAUUCAGGCACAAGGAAACUUUAUGAAGGAAUCCCUUCUAUCCAAGGCAACAAACUCAUACGAGAAAGAGAUUUUAUCCAACGCUGAGGUGGAUACCAAAAGCUUAGAAAAGAACUUCUUAGAUAAGGUUUUGAAAAGUAUCCCAGAAGAUGAGCUGUCCAAGGUUGGACAUGAUCUGGAUGAGAUGUUAAAGUACUGCCGAUGGUCGUCUUUUAAUUGUAAAACAGGUAGUCUCAGAAUGCUUUGGCGCCAGUUCUGGCAUUGGAAUUACGGUAACUGUUUCAUCUUAAACUCAGGAUUAACUGAGAAUGGAACUAAAGUUCCUGCGGUUAUGAAUUCAGAUAGAGGCGGACCUAAUAACGGUCUCGAGUUGGAUAUCUUCAUUGAUCAAGAAAGUUAUACAAAGUUGACCGAUGAGGCUGGCGUGAGAGUUGUACUAACCGACCAAUCACGGAUGCCUUUUCCAUUUGACGAAGGCUUUAGUAUUCCAACUGGAUUCGCAACGUCAGUUGGAAUAAAAAGGAAAUUCGUUAAGAGAGUGGAUCCGUAUUUAAACAACAGCUGUGUCGACGAAGGGAGAACUGGAAUGGAUACUCGGACCAUCUACACAGAAAAGUACUACGUGAAUUACUCGACCCAGGCUUGUAGAAUGUCGUGUUUAGCAGCUGUAGAAGUCGAGACAUGUAACUGCUCAGAAGCAAGAUUUCCUACCAACAGCUCAGCCUGUUUCAGUGAAGAGCAGAGGGAGUUUGCAAUUUCCAGUGAGGAAAACCACGCUCCCACAAAUCUUUUCAACAGAAUAACUUUCAAUGCAUUGUUUUCUCUUUUUUUUUAA